CCCGCCAAACAUACACACACUCGAGGGUACACAUGACAGGCCUGCUAGCUAAGUUGUUUAGCUAGUGUUGUUAGCACAUUGUAGUUGUAAUCAUGUUUGUAGCGCGUAGUAUCGCAGCAGAUCAUAAAGAUCUAAUUCACGAUGUGUCGUAUGAUUUCCACGGCCGGAGAAUGGCAACCUGCUCCAGUGACCAAAGCGUCAAGGUUUGGGACAAAAGUGAAAAUGGAGAGUGGCACUGCACGGCUAGCUGGAAGACUCACAGUGGAUCAGUGUGGAGAGUUACCUGGGCUCAUCCAGAAUUCGGGCAGGUCCUAGCUUCCUGCUCCUUUGACAGGACAGCUGCUGUCUGGGAAGAGAUUGUAGGGGAGUCUAAUGACAAACAGAGAGGACUGAGCCACUGGAUAAAGAGAACCACACUAGUGGACAGUAGGACUUCAGUGACUGAUGUGAAGUUUGCCCCUAAACACAUGGGCCUGAUGUUGACCACCUGCUCUGCGGACGGAGUGGUGAGGAUUUACGAGGCUCCUGAUGUGAUGAACCUGAGUCAGUGGUCCCUGCAGCACGAGAUCUCCUGCAAACUCAGCUGCAGCUGCAUCUCUUGGAAUCCCUCCAGCUCUCGUGCCCACCCGCCAAUGUUUGCAGUGGGGAGCGACGACAGCAACGUAACGUACGGUGGGAAAGUUCAGAUCUAUGAGUACAAUGAAAACACAAGGAAAUAUGCUAAAGCAGAGACGCUGAUGACUGUCACCGAUGCAGUCCACGACAUUGCAUUUGCUCCAAACCUGGGAAGAUCUUUCCACGUCCUUGCCAUAGCAACAAAAGAUGUCCGAAUCUUUAAGCUUGUUCCUAUGAGGAAGGAGAGCACCUCUACAGGACCCACCAAGUUUGAGGUGCAGAUUAUGGCUCAGUUUGACAACCAUAACUCCCAGGUGUGGCGUGUGAGCUGGAACAUCACCAGCACCUUGCUGGCCUCCUCAGGGGAUGAUGGCUGUGUGCGCCUCUGGAAAGCUAACUACAUGGACAACUGGAAGUGCACAGGCAUCCUGAAGGGAGACGGCAGCCCGCUCACCAGCUCAUCCGGUCAGCCCACAGCCAUGAGCACCGUGGUGGGCUCCUCCGUUCAGACCUCCCAGAAUUCUCUGAACGGGAUGUCUGCAGGAAGGUAUUUCUUUCCUCCUCUGGAUCCUCCCAGAGCAGGGACCAGAUAUGGUCACCUGCUGCCUCCCUCCUCCCUCAUAGAGCACUGUGAUGCUGAGCCCAUUCAGCCUCAGCAACAGGCUCUUCCCCACAGACUCUCCUCUAGAGCACUGCUGCCCUUACCAGAGGCUGAAGGGCAGUAAUAUUGGGGUGUUUUAGAUAAAAUAAGCAGGGAUAUGGUUGGGAGAUGGGGAUAGGCUUCAAAAGUGCCAUUCAUUUCUAAUAAAGACUUUUUUUCCCCUCGGUUUUCUACUGUUUUGUUCUUCUUUUGUGCAGAGAUUAGAAAAGGUAAUGAAAGAUGUCAUGAAGAUUUUAUGAAAAAUGCAUUAUAAGGCCAGGC